AUAGGGUAAGCAUUAAAAAAAAAUCAAGAAAUAGACCAUGGACUUGAGGUGUUUUUGGUCGUCAUCGUCUUUGACCAUCUCCUUCUUUCCUUUCACAUUCAAGUGAUUCAUCCCUUAAAUCUUGUUUCUUCCACUGCCAUCAUAGUUGUCUUUACUUCAUCACAUUUGUUGUAAUUUGAAACCACUAGAUGGAAAAUUGCUGGGCAUAUCUAUGCCGUAUGAUCAAGAAACAAAAACGAAAGGAGAAACCCCAAAAACUGGUGGUGCUAAUAAGGCCAACGGAAAAAGGGAUUAGGUCUAGAUACGAGUUAGGGAGGGAACUAGCAAGAGUAGAAUUUAGAACUAUAUACUUUUGCAAAGACAAAAUUACGGGAGAGGAACUUGCGUGCAAGUCGAUUUCCAAGAAUAAGCUUAAAACAGCUACUCUUAUUGAAGAUGUGAGAAGAGAGGUUGCUAUCUUGAGGCAUUUACCUAAACACCCUAACAUCGCUUCCUUGGAGGAUAUUCAUGAAGACGACGAUCACGUUCAUCUUUUAAUGGAAUUCUGUGAAGGUGAUGCGCUUUUCGAUCGAAUCGUUGCUAGAGGACAUUACACAGAACGCGCCGCAGCUUCUGUCAUCAAGACCAUCGUGGAAGUUGUUCAGAUGUGCCACAAACAUGGUGUGAUGCAUCGGGAUCUUAAACCCGAGAACUUUUUAUUUGCUGGCAAGAAGGAAACCUCACCUUUGAAGGCUAUUGACUUUGGUUUGUCAACUUUCUUUGAACCAGGUGAAAGAUUUAAUGAGAUAGUUGGAAGUACAUAUUACAUAGCCCCUGAAGUUUUAAAAAGAAAUUAUGGCCCUGAAGUUGAUAUCUGGAGUGCUGGAGUCAUUCUUUACAUCUUACUUUGUGGUGUCCCUCCCUUUUGGGCAGAAACGGAGCAGGGAGUUGCUCAAGCAAUUAUACGGUCAGUUCUUGACUUCAAAAGGGAGCCAUGGCCAAAGGUUUCUGAUAAUGCAAAAGACCUUGUUAAGAAGAUGCUUGAUCCUGAUCCUAAGCGCCGGCUUACUGCACAGGAAGUGUUAGAUCAUCCAUGGUUGCAGAAUGCAAGGACAGCUCCUGAUGUUGCAUUAGGAGAAACCGUUAGAGCAAGGCUGAUUCAAUUUUCAGUAAUGAACAAACUUAAGGAAACAGCAUUGAUGGUGAUUGCAGAUCAUUUGUCUGUAGAAGAAGUUUCUGGAAUUAAAGAGGGAUUCCAUGUGAUGGACACAAAAAAUAAUGGAAAAAUUAACAUUGACGAUCUUCGAGUAGGGUUGCAAAAGCUAGGCCACCAAAUUCCUGAUGCAGCUAUCCAAAUACUUAUGGAAGCAAGCGAUGUAGACAAAGAUGGUUACCUAGAUUUUGGAGAGUUUGUCGCCAUUUCUAUUCAUCUCAGAAAUAUAUCCCAUGAUGAACACCUCCUUAGAGCAUUCCAAUUUUUUGAUAAAAACGAAUCUGGGUAUAUUGAACUUGAGGAGUUAUGUAAUGCAUUAGCUGAUGAGAUUGACAAAAACAGUGAAGUAAUUAAUGCAAUUAUGCAUGAUGUGGACACAGACAAGGAUGGAAAAAUAAGUUAUAUAGAAUUUGCUGCAAUGAUGAAGGAUGUAACAUAUUAGAGAAAAGCAUCAAGGCAGUAUUAGCCGGAGAGGUUUACCAGUCUAAGUCUGAAACUGAUGAAGGAGGCAUCAAUAAAAUUUAACAUGACUUCAGAAAAUGGCUAAUUUUCUAUGAAGUGAUUCCGACACGGACACUUCGACGUCCAUGAUGUCAAAAUAUAGGACAUCGACACUGUUAUAUAUAAUAGAGUAUUUCAGUUUUAUCUAUCAAUCUAUGAUUAAAAAAAUUUGAAAAUAUUCUAAUCAAAAUUAAUAUAUUUAAUUCUUUA